AUGCCGCCCUCGCCCACGCGAGCCCAACCGAGCGCCUCGUCCGGCAAAAGGCCGCUGCCGCCUGGCGCUGCGAGACACUGCGGCAUUACCAACCCUCAAGCCAACAACAGGCGCAACAGCAGCGACAGCAGCGACAGCAAUGGCCCCAAAACCCAACCACCACCCAGCCCCUCAACUUCCCCCGCCGCCCAACUAAACCCUCAACCCUCCUCAACCCGCGCCUGGCUCCCAUCACCAACCCCCUACACCGACCACAUCGGCCACACCCCCCACACCCCCAACACCUUCAACGAGGCUAUAUCCAGCGACAUCGGGCUCGGCAUAACCCCCGUACCCUACGGGUACCACGACAACGACGACACCAACGAGGGAUCCUUCCCGCUGACGUCGCCCCUGCUGUCACCCACGCUGCUGUUGCUGGGUGGUUCGGCGGGCGUGGGCGUGGGCGUGGGCGUGGGCGCGGGCGCGGGCGCGUCCGGGUCGGGGGGGAUGGUGUUGCCGUUGCAUGGGGGUCCGUUGGUGAAGAAGCGGGCGGGGCGGCGGAGGGUUGGUGGUGGUGGUGGUGGUGUUGGUGUUGGAAAGGGGGGAGUUGGUGUGCGGCGGGUGAUGGUUGUGGUGGCGUUGUUUUUGGGGAUAGGGUUGGUUCAUGGGCUGGUGAGCGCGUUUGGGAGUGCGGGCGAUGGGAGGCCUCCUCCGGCGGAGAGGUGA